AUUUAAUCAGACAUAUUCAGAAGGGCCUAACUUUUCUCCAAGUUCUGCUUAUGGCCAUAGGCCUCAGCAUAAUUUAAAAAAUAGUGAGGAUCAUCGUGCUAAUCAUCCGAAUUCUGCAAGCAACAAGCAGAGAGAGUUGAUUGGACCGAGUCAUAAACCUUCAAAUAACCAACCACCAAACAGGAAUCCAGCCCCCAGUUUACCAACUACCAGUUCCCAAGUGCAUCAAACGACCAGUGUCCAAGCGUAUCAUCCAACUAGCAGUCAUAUGCACAGUCUUCAAUCGUGCCUUGACUCACCUGUUACCGGCAAUAAUGCCAGACACCCAGAAAGACACCCCAACAGCCUGGCACAGGAUGUUAAACCUUUGGUGGGCUCACUACAUAG